GUCGCCACACCUUCAGCCAUCAUGUCUGCUUCCGACGCUUCCAAUCCGACAUGGGAAUCCGGUACCUACACAUGCCAAGUUACCGACCCAGAGGCGGACAAGAUCUGCAUCUUCAUGGCCUGUCCUGACUCCCCUGACAUGUCCCCGAACGCCAUGUUUGGCCUCUACAUAACUGGCAGCGAGCCACCCGCCGGCGUCGUCUUCUGGGCCAUCAAGGACGCCAACGCAAGCGCGAGCACCAACCUCACCUACCAGAUUCUCAACAUUGGCGAGAUGAGCAGGGUGUGCCCCAGGUCCCUCUACCUCGAGCUUGGUCCUGUGGGCCAUUCGAUCGAUCACAUCGACCGCUGCGCCCGCCGUGCCGCGCUCGACCAGGCGCACCGCGACUGGAUCGUCACGGCCGUCAACUCGCUCUACCUCGACGGCUUGGUUGCUGCACCCAUAAGUCGCACCAUGAUUGACGGCAUGAUCGAGGUGGCCGCCCAGGACGCCGCCUGGACGCAGAGGGAGGCGGCUCGCUCGGCGAGCCUUACGAGACGGCAGCAACAGCAAGAGGUCUGCUGGGGCUUGGCCGCCGCCGGCACCACCAUCUCCGCAACGGCAGCCAGCGGCAGUGCGAAUGGGGGUGAGUGGCAGUACUCCAGUCACACCAGCGUCGGCAACGGGGCGCGACGGAGGCCCAAUGUGAGAUGGGUGACGAGGUGCUCGAGGCCGCGGACGAGUCCCGACGGCCACCCGUCAACACGAGGGGCAAGUGAUUAUGACGUCCGCCUCCACAUGGAGAGGCUAGACAAGAGCAGUGGUGGUCCAUUGUCUGGCUUGGGCAUGUGCCUGACAGGGGCUCUGGAGCGGCUGUGGACGUAG